AUGGCCAACGCAGUUGGAAACUUGGAUAUCCGUCUGUGGUCUUCCCAGACAUUGCAUCCAAAUGCUCAGACCACGCUGGGUCAAUACCGAAACUUGCAUCCUUGGCGCUUCAACAGUCGUCAUAUUUACUGGAACGACCACACCUCACACUUGCUGGCCUUUCUGCGUUUGGGUCAAGGCUGUUGGACCCUGUGCAAAUGCCAGCAACCGGUCAAGCUGAGCAAGAUCGGCCGGCUUGUAGCCAACUGCCGUCGAUCCGUGGAAGCGACGUACCAGACUUUGCAGAUGAAACGAAGCCUCUGGCAUGGUGGUGCCGGAAGGUUCUUCACCCUGCCAUUGCUGUCUGGGAAACAGUUCUUUUUCAACCGAAGCCAAAGUUUUGAAGAUAUCCUGGCCGAGUUUGCUGCAGAUCCGCCAACUAUUCAGGACAGGUUGCAGUUGUACUCGUAUCAAGCACGACCGCUGGAUACCAGUUUCUUCAUGGCUGACGUCAGCAUGCAGUUGGGUUUUUUCGAUCGUCCGCCCUUGAAUCUGUGGACGCUUGGGAGCUACUUCUAUCACACCGCUUUUAUUCCGGCGCACUCUCCCUGCUGGGGUGGCGGUUACGUACCCCAAAUUUGCUGUGAUCGACGCAUUACAAUAGAGCGCCUCACGUGGUGUUUCGGCGACGUGGUAGACGACAUAGUUGAACACUGUUGUGGGCAAUAUCUGGCGCAUCCUCCUGCCGGUAGUGUAAGCCCGGCAUUGCCGCCUGCUUCCUGGGAGCGGGAGAUCUCCGUACAAAUCUUUUUGCAAAGCUUCCAUGGAGAUCGCUUUGCAGUGCUCCCUUUUGUGGAUUCGGUGGAACGUUUCUGGCCCAAGAAGUGGAGGUCCAAGAUAUUCAUGGCCGUGGACGACACUGCAGAAGAUCGCCACAUGUGUGCUGAGGUUUCGCCCAGAGUCGUUUGCGUUUAUACUCCAAGCCUUCCUCGGCGUGGUUCUGCCAUCGACUCCAUCGAAUGGAGUGGACGCUCUGCGAGCCAAAGAUAUCGCACACAGCUUCUACAGUACCACUAUUGGCUUUCCGAUCUGUACAUCGCAGAACACGUCGACCCACCCGACUGGGUGGCUUGGUUUGAUGCAGACGUGGUGAUCCACACGCCGCACGUGGAAGAGCUUCUCAUGCCGCAUGGAUUGCCUGUAAUGUUUGCACGUCGGACACAGGUGAAUUCAAUGGAGACGAUGUCUUUAGGCUUGGACUGGGUGGGCGAGUUCAUGGACACCUUCCCCCAGUUGGUUCGACCUGCCCAUUUGCAGCACUUCCGCGAGUUCGUUCAAGCGACGUUUACAGGAUCCAACUUCCUGGAAUCAUACUAUUCCUGGCGUGUAGCGAUCGAAGAAGCUGCUUUGAUUCACGGUAGAUCCUAUGGCUAUUUGUCGGAAUCUGAAGGACCUCAGAGCUCGUUUCCCGUAUUUCUGUAUCACUUCCACCAUGAUGAAUUCACUUGGGCUUUACAGGACUCUGCAUCUUUCGGACUGCCCUUGCAAGAUACAUGCUUGUCAUUACGCGUGGCCAGUCAUGUGCAACACUGGAAACACAAUGUGAGACGUGGCAAUAUGACGGAGCAAAUGUAUGCACAGCGUGCACAGCGCUUGAUGCAGCUGGGGGAAAGGAGCGGUGGCACUUUGCGUGUGGCCUUGUUGAGUGCCAACUUUGAUCCGAAAGCGACGUGGAGUCAGUCAAGUUCGGCGCACUGCUUGGGACGCGAUCGUAAGACGAUGAUGAAGAAUUUCUUUGCGAAAAGUGUGCUUGCUGGGCCAGGUGCGGAGGCUGAGGUAUGCGAUGCAUCUGUCGCAGGACUCAAGAACUCGCUGGUGCUGUAUGCUCGGCAGGUUUUCAGCUCCACAGGCUCCAGAUUAGACCUUGCCGCAGCUGGCAAAUCCGGCAAGAAGGGCUUCAAGGCACCCCCGGUGCUCGCUAAUCCCACGGCGCCCGCUCCGGCGCUUCACGCCACCAGCUCCUACUCUUACGUCUUUCCAGCUGAGGGACGGAUUGACGUCUUGACACCUGCCUGGCCUUGUCGCGCGUUGCGCAGACCGGAGAGGACGCCGCUGGGCUUGGCUGAGGCAUUGAUCCCACUGCAGUUACCGUCGGGAGGGUUCAAAAUCACUGCAUUUCUGCUCGCUGCAGCGGGUGCCAGCGAGACGGGCCCAGCCCUGGCCAUGGUUGGCUGCGAGGACGAGGAAGCUCUGGGCGCACUUCUGGUUCUGAAGGCUGCUGCGCAAUUUUUGGGCCGUGGCGGCUCGGCUUGGGCAGGUGAUGCUGAAUGCGAGGCAAUGUGUCGGCGAUGUGAGCUGCUCGUCGGGUCGACACCUCGCCCAGCAGAGUUGGAAACAAUAGCCGCCAGGUGCCUCAAUCUUCUCAAGGGCCGAUGGUCCUUCUUCGAGCUUUGGGAGCGCCUGCUGCCCCAAGAGGUAGCGCGGCCACUUCGCCAGCGCGGAGGCAUUCUAUGCACGCGCUUCUUCCUCGUCGACCUAGCAAGUGCUGCAUGGUCCCCUUACGAAGUCGACAAGAAGGUGCCGAUUUUCCGACAAGGGGAUUUGCUGUACGUCGGACAGGCACCGCAGGAUUUUGAAUCGGACAACCGCGAUGCCAUGCGCCAGGGCAAACACCUGGAAGGCGCUCUGGUCGAGUAUUCAGAGGUGGAGGAGGAGAAGAUUUUGAUGGCGCUCGAGCUUCCUUCCGGACAGCAGGUCAUUUAUGCGGCGGCACCGGAUGCCUUCGAUACCUCGGUGGCGCAGGCAGAAGCCCGGGAUCCGCUGCUUGGUGACAGAGACUACCAGCAAGCAGGAUACUCGUGGAGAACAGCCUUUACCAGAGACGACGGAGCUGAGUGCCACAUUUGGAGUCAGGAUAUGCAAGGAGCCGGCAUGAAGACGGAUUUAACACUGCCAUUGUCUUCAUAUGUGGAGAUCAAGAAGACGACACACCUGAAUGGUUUGAAUGGCGCUUUCAAGCUCAUGAAGUUCUGGCUUCAGGUAGCGCUCUGCCGUGCUGGAUGUGCCCUCGUGGGCCUUGCAGAGGGCAGUGUGGCGCCGGUGGUGGAGAGUUUCCUACGGAUGACCGAGGCGGACAUGGAAUGGCGCAUGAAGGAGGCCUUCGACGACAUCAUGAUUUGUGAGCGGGCAUGGGGCGCUCUUCUUCAAUCCUUGGCACAGCUUCUUGCGGAAACCAGCGAUGGGCAGUGUCUCGUGCAGCUGUGGAAGGCCCGCGGCUUCGGCUCUCCGGUCGCAUUGCAGGUCUCGAAGGGAUGGGGCUCUCUGUCGGAGGCCUUGGAUGCCGAGUGCUUCGAGAAGCGUGCUGGGCAGCUUUUCACUGAGGCAAAUUCACGAUAG